GAGUAGGCGGAUGCUAAGACCCGUGCAAGCCGAGAGCUGUGCAUGUUUUGAACAUUGAUGUUGGGGUCAUUGGAGUGAAUGGGUCCCUCUGCUAAAAACAAGGAGAGGUUAUGCACACUCUCGCCCCCAAAACUUCAUCGUUGUCGUUUUGAACAUAGGGGUUAGCUCGGUGAUAUAGGGAAAGAAUCAAACGUUGUUGGAGACUCGAGACACUGCAGAUGCUGGAAUCCUGAGCAAAUCACACGUUGCUGUGGACGCGCCGCGCGCCCACACCGGCUGGUCACUGGGCGCUGUGAGUGCAGCUGCUCGCAUCCACUGUGAAUUUAGACAGUGGAGUUCAGCUGCCCUUAGCAAUGCUGAAAAGUGCCAAUGACCAGAAUGUUACCAGUGCAACGUCGAGUUGUGAUUACUGGGUUGACGGGUCCAACAAGGAGGACGUCCUGGAAGAUUACUACGAUGUAGAGGCAGAACUGGGACGGGGUGCUUCAUCAGUGGUGUUUCAAUGCAAACAGAAAGGCACUGAAAAAUCUUAUGCUGUGAAAGUGCUAAAGAAAACAAUAGAUAAAAAAGUAGUUCGGACUGAAAUAGGAAUUCUACUUCGACUCUCUCAUCCAAAUAUUAUUAGACUGAAAGAGAUCUUUGAGACUCCAUUAGAGAUUAACUUGGUCCUCGAGCUGGUCACAGGAGGAGAACUAUUUGACAGGAUUGUUGAAAGAGGAUAUUACAGUGAGAAAGAUGCUGCCGAUGUUGUCAGACAAAUUCUGGAAGCAGUUGCUUAUCUGCACGAAAAUGGAAUUGUUCAUCGUGAUCUCAAACCUGAAAACCUUCUCUACGCUUCUCCGACUCCAGAUGCAUUAUUAAAAAUAGCUGACUUUGGACUUUCUAAAAUCGUUGAAGGACAGUUAUCCAUGAAGACUAUAUGUGGGACACCAGGAUACUGUGCCCCUGAAAUCUUACGAGGCUAUGCCUAUGGACCAGAGGUUGACAUGUGGUCAGUGGGAGUCAUCACCUACAUAUUGUUAUGUGGGUUUGAACCUUUCUACGAUGAGAGGGGUGAUCAACACAUGUAUAAGAAGAUUCUUAACUGUGACUAUGAGUUUGUCUCCCCCUGGUGGGAUGAAGUCUCACUUAAUGCAAAAGAUCUGGUUAGAAAGUUGAUCCUUUUGGACCCUAAGAAGCGUCUAACUACUUAUCAGGCACUACUGCAUCCAUGGGUAACAGGAAGAGCUGCAAAUUUUGUGCACAUGAACAAUGCACAAAGGAAACUUAAAGAAUUCAAUGCUCGCCGCAAACUAAAAGCUGUAGUAAAAGCUGUAGUGGCAUCCAGUCGCCUUGGAAGUGCUGGUCAAAUCACCAUUCCGGAUAGCAGUGCCAAAAUCAGUAAUACAUCCAUCGAGCAGAGUGAAACAGUACAAAAUGAAAACAAGCAAAGUUCGCAAGAAGAAAUUGAAGGUAAUCAAAAAAACUCUGGGAGCAACAGCAAAAUUGAUGUAACUCCUAGUGAUGUAACUCCUAGUGAUGUAACUCCUGGUGAUGUAACUCCUGGUGAUGUCAGCAUUCGUGCAGUAAGUUCUGGUGAACUCAGUGCUGUCAAUGAUCAUGAAUUUGACAAAUCUGAUACCAGUGAAAUUACUAUUGGUGAAGUUGGUACAUAAGUUGAGCAAAAGGUUUAUAUCAUAUAAGAAAUGUUACAUGAACAUGCUAAAGAAGCCAGCACUAAAAGAGUUGGUGGUAAUGCAAAAUUCAUCACAGGAAAUGUAUUGUGAACAACAUGAAACCCAACUCUUCUACAUCGGUAAUUUGAAAUUUAUGCUGUGCGUGAAGCUAAUGAUGUGGCUUAAUUUUAUGUUGUUUAAUUGUGGCAGCAUACUGAUGUGUAAGUUCACAAUAUUGAAAGUUCCACUACAUUUCCUUGCAUGCAGCUUAUUCAUUAAAACAGCAGCAGAAUCCUGAUUGGCUUGGGCAGUGCAGAAUGUGAAAAAUGGAGGCUGGUUGUAUUACACAGUCUCUUGGCAGUAUUUCAGUCAAUGUUAGCUUUAAGGUUUCAGCCUAAUUUGUCUGUUUAGUUAUUAACAUAUAAACACGAGUUGAAGUGAGUGUACUGAUUUUUACAUUCGGUUCUAUGAUGUUUUCUGUACUUUUAUUAAUAAGAUUUAAAAUCCAUUCAUUUGUCGUAGUUUUUAUUCAUGUUUUUGCCCUGUUCAUACUCCAUAUCCUAAAUUACUUCAGUAAAAUAAAUUUAGCCAUACAAACUGUAAUGUUAAUAUGGGCAAUGCAAUUUUCUCAUUACUUUAAGUAUUACUUCCAAAGGCUGCAAUGAACACAGUCAAUACACAAUGAGCAAAAUGCAUUUAACUUUUUUUUAAAUUGUUAUUUAUUUUAAUGGGUUUGCCUAAAUAUGAUUGUUAAUAUUAUAAAGUGUUUUUAAAUGUUCAACAUUUUCUAAUGUAUUGCUGACAAAUAUGUUGAAGAAAUUUAAGUUGCAACUGGAAAUGUCAUAAAGUCUUCUGCAAAUGAUCUAUCUUUAUUAGUGUUUUCAACUGGAACGCCAUUACACGUCGUGUGGAACAAUGUAACUGAACUUUUUU